AUGGCAGAGCAUCCGCCUUCCUUACGAGCACACUUCCUCCAGAGCCUCCCCAAGGCGCCCUCUCCGGCGACAUCCUCCAUCUCCGAUAUGCGAACCGCCGAGUCCCCCAAGCUCAAAGUCUUGGUCGCCUCCAAUGGCCCCAAGGAUGUCGCACAAGCUGUCGCCCUCGUCGUCCGACUCUCCAAGAACCCCAAGAUCGAAACGCGAGCUAUUGUGGACGCCGAGGCCUAUCCCGCACAUAGAUUAUCGCAGGAGACUUUUACCAUGCCGAACCGAUAUUUUAAGGCGUGCAAGGAGACGGAGGAGCCGCAGAGGAGUAUUGAGCGGGGCCAGGUCGAGUUCUAUAGACAACAAGCAUACGAGUUAUGUGACUGGGCGGAUAUGAUGGUUCUGGCACCGAUCGACGCCGACACCUUUGCGAAGAUGCUGCACGGCAUUGCCGAUUGCGUUCUGCUGGAAAUCCUCCGUGGAUGGGACGUCUCGAAAAAGAUUCUGCUAGUUCCUGGGAUGUCUACUGCGAUGUGGGAGAAUCCGAUGACGAAGAAGCAAUUGAGUAAGAUUCGGCGGAAAUGGCAGUGGGUAAGGGUCAUGCAACCUAUAUUAUGGCACUACGAAGAUUUCCCUCGGGGUCCAUCUAAAUGCCUUGCGGUAUGGGAUGGAUUCAACGAGCUUGUAGAUGUGAUCAAGAACCAGGCAGAGCUUUUGACCAUUGGCUAUGAUGUCGAUAUUGCCGCAUCAGGGGCCGCUACACUUCCACGGUACAACACGAAGACAGACACGCUUCUCCCUCGCGAAAUUUGGGGUGCUAUUUUCGAAUACGUUGGGGAUUGGGAAGUUGCAAGAGCACUGAAUGUCUAUGCAGCUAUACCUACACCUCUUGAAUGGCAGCAAAAUUCAAACGAAGCGAAGAACGAGUUGGGCGUUUACCUGCGCUCUCUGGAGUGGGCGAUCCUCACCUCACCCUCAACACGAAUCAUUGAGAAGUUGAAGGGCGCACCUAAAGAGAUGCGAUAUCUAUCAAGUCUCUGUGUCAAACUUAUCAUCAAAUUCUGUCUCUCCGAUGUCCUCACCUACCUUGAAACCAAUCUCAAAGAUGUCUUCUGGUCAUCUUUCGGUCAGAAGCUCCUCCCUAAUAAAGCCUCCGCAGUCUAUGGCCGCAUCGAAAUCCUAGAAUGGUGGAGAACGUCACCAACCUUCCUCUCCAAGGAUUACACGGCAGAGGCCAUCGACGGAGCGUCCAAAUCGGGCUUCAUACACGUCCUCGACUGGUGGCGACGGUCAGGACUCCCCCUGAAAUACACCGAAGCCGCGCUUGAGCAAGCAUCAUCCAAAGGCCACAUUUUAGUUCUGGAAUGGUGGAAACAAGCCAGCAUGGCGCAAGGAAAUUUCCAAGUUUCUACUGCCUCAGAUGGCGAAGGAUCCCCCACUGCAUACUCAGAUCCGCAACCAGCCCUGCGGCUCAAGCCCGGAAGAUCGCUGCUCGCUGCUGCACAGAAUAACCAACCUGAAGUCCUCCGCUGGUGGGAUGAAUCUGGUAUCCCAAUAGCACAUUCCGAAUCAGUUGCCAAGAUUGCGUCGAUACAUGGUCACGUCGCCGUUCUCGAUGAAUGGAAAGAUUUGAAGGGCGAGAAAAUGGUCUUCGAUAGUCGGGUGCUUGAGGAGCCGACGAAGAAUGGUCAUGUAGACGUCUUAGAGUGGUGGAAAAUUUUCAGUCGGACGGGUGCUAGAGUCGAAUAUAAGACUUGCGAUAUUGAGGAGGCGCUGGAGGAUAGCGUAGGGAGUGAAGGGGAGACUUUCGCGGUUAAGAAGUGGUGGGCCCAGAAUGGAUUGAAUCUUGGGGUACAAGUUAGUGAGUGGACUAAGGUUAAGUUUUUAUGA